AUGGAGACUGACCUCAUGCUCAAGGCUGCGCUGGCAAUUGGGCUUGUCCUAAUCCUGGCGCGCUGCACGGGCAAGACACGGGAGAGAUUCACAGAUUACAUUCCUGCGGACAAGCUGCCAAGCAACUCCACACUGGGUGCCAUGUCGAUCCUCCCCGUUGACAGCAAGCUGCUGCCAUCAGAAGAAAGGCCCCAGCUUUCGUACGCGAGUGCGACCGCGAGAGCGUCGAGAAGUUUCGGUGGGGAAGAAGAGGAUGCAGCCAGGGCAUACAAUCAAGCUUUGGAUCGAUACGGACUGGACAAGCGCCGCAACAACGUGUCCGCUUGA